AAAAACCUGCCUUCAUAACUCAUAAGUAAUUAUUAAUUCCGAGCAUGAACUCAAUUUCAUAAGAAAUGAGUUUUUCAACAAUGAAAAGGGGAAUAAUUAACAAUCGAAAUUGCUGACUAUUCAGCGACCCGGUCAUGGUUCAUAUGAUAAUUAACAAAAAUAAUACAUUUUCGCUUCUAUACUACAACACCUACACUGAAUGUGGUUUAGCCUUACAUCCUACCAUACAAACUAGGAAAAUAAUACAAACGACAUACAUUGUUAGGUACAUAUAAAUAAAAGUUAUAAUUGUUUGAAUGUAUAAUGGGUAGGUUACCUACCGUACAGCUUGCGCAAAGCUUUUCGCUCCAACAUGCUACGAAGCUACGUCAGUCUCUCGCAGAAAUUAGUAAAGCGUAGAGGGGUCUACGCCAUUUUCAUAACCAACCUUUUGUGAUUGUAACCUUAAAUUUAUUUACUAAAAUAAUCUUUAUUAUUAAUUGAUAUCAAGGUUAAAGCGAAUAAAAAAAUAUUCAGUGUUAUUUUUAGAGUUGUACAAAGUGUUAUUUUGUGUUAGAGUGUUUAGUUGUAUGUGAGAUUAGCUGUCGAGUGCAAAAAAAGUGCGUUUUUUUAAUAUUAAAAAAUAUGAAGAAUUCAUGUUAAUGUGCCCUUCGUGUGGAUUUUAUGGAACAUGGCGUGUCCACGGGACUCAUAACAGUCCAUCUCUUUCCGUCGUGAGCUGGUCGCUUGGGCGCACUGGCCUCGAUGAUCGGGUGCGUGCGCUGCAGCUGACAGGAGCUGAACGAGAUGUCAACCAAGAAGCAUUCGCCGCCACCAAAGCGGUCAGAAGCUCUCAGCGGGCGGCUGUCCAAGUCAGCAUCAGAGCUGUCCUGCUCAUCACCAAUCCGGACAUCCGCCCCACCGCGCGCCAGGUCUGCUCAUCACCACACGCCGCUCUCCGUCGUACACCGGACGCAACACUUCUUUAAUAACUUAAAGAGUCGCUGGCAUCGCAGCAAGAGUAAAGAGAGAUGUCCAGCUGGGACAGUCUUCUCUCUCGCUCCCGGUCAUGACAGCAGCGGCACGGACUACGCGGCAGACCAGAGCUCCGAGCACAGCACGCCAGCGACGUCGCCUCGCCGCGGGAAGAAAGACUCAUCAGUGACGCGGCAAACAUCCAUCGAGCCUGUGCCUUCUACCUCCGGGACUCCUGCGCACCUCUCCCGUCCGCCCACUGACCUAUUGCAAUUGGAACCCGACGAAGGUCAAAAGUUGAGAGAGCAGCAUUUAAGACAAUUUUCAUUUUUUCAACUCCGUAUUCAUUUAAAAAGAGGUCAGAACCUCAUCGCCAUGGACAAGAACGGUUUGUUGUCAGGCACCAGUGACCCGUACGUGAAGUUUAAGGUCGGAGGCCGGUUAUUGCACAAAUCAAGAAUCGUGUACAGAGACCUGAACCCGGUGUGGGAUGAAUGUUUCACCGUGCCUAUUGAGGAUCCCUUUCAACCUGUGCAGUUGAAGGUAUUCGACUAUGACUGGGGGUUGCAAGAUGACUUUAUGGGUUCGUGCCAAAUGGACCUCACGACGCUAGAACUCGGCCGCUCUCAAGAUCUGGUCCUAUGUCUACGGGACCCUAACAAGCCAGCAGCGUUGGAUUUGGGCGAAAUUGUGCUGAAUGUGACGCUGUACCCCAAGUCACAAGAGGAUAAAGAAGCGUACCUCUUGAAGAACACGAGGUUAAGUGACGUGAACAAGAGGCUGAAGGCACAGAUAUGGAGCUCCGUGGUGACGAUAGUGCUGGUGGAAGCCAAGAACCUGCCGGCCAUGGACGUGGAGACCAGAUCCAGUGACCCUUAUUGUAAAUUUAGGUUAGGUAACGAAAAAUACAAAAGUAAGGUAGUGUGGAAGACCCUGCAUCCAUCAUGGCUGGAGCAGUUCGACCUUCAUCUUUACGACGACCAGGAACAGAUCUUAGAAGUUACUGUUUGGGAUAAGGACAAACAGACGAAAGAUGACUUUUUAGGAAGAUGCGCAAUAGACUUAUCAAGAUUAGAAAGAGAGAUAACGCACAAUAUAUGGCAAGAACUAGAAGAUGGGAAUGGACAGAUAUUCCUCCUCCUCACAAUCAGUGGGACAACGCAGUCGGAGACCAUCACAGACCUGGCCAGCUACAGGGAAAACCCUCGAGACCUUGAAAGCAUUGAGAGGAGAUAUACGUGGUACCGCUUAAAUGAAACAACAAGUGGGGUCGGAUGGCUUUGUGUCAAAGUAUACGGAGCUAAAGGCUUAGCGGCGGCGGAUUUGGGAGGAAAAUCGGAUCCUUUCUGCGUGUUGGAACUUGGGAAUGCAAGGCUGCAGACGCAUACAGAAUAUAAGACUUUAACCCCCAAUUGGAUGAAGAUAUUUACAUUCACAGUAAAAGACAUAAGCUCAAUACUUGAAGUAACGGUAUACGAUGAGGAUCAUGACCAUAAAGUGGAGUUUCUCGGGAAGUUGGCAGUACCUCUACUGAAUAUAAGAAACGGGGAGAAACGGUGGUUCGCUUUAAAGGACAAGAAGAUGAGAGCAAGGGCGAAAGGAAACUACCCUCAGAUAUUGUUGGAAAUGAGCGUUAUUUGGAAUCCGCUCAAAGCAGCAAUACGAGUGGUCAACCCAAAAGAACCGAAAUACAUGCAUCAAGAAGCGAAAUUCAAGAGGCAACUGUUUGUGCGAAAUGUUGUGAGACUGAAGGCAAUCAUUAUGUGGUUUAUUGAAAUUGGCAAAAUUUUACAAGACUGUUUCGAAUGGGAGUCUCGGAUCAGAUCAUUUAUUGGGCUGCUCGCGUGGUUGGCCUUCUGCUACUACUACCAGAUGUGGAUGCUGCCGUUCUUAUUCCUCGUCUUAUUUACCAGGAAUUGGCUCAUUUAUAGAUUGACUGGUGGUAAUCCUUUACUAAUUCCUGUUGAUGACGAAGACUUACAAGCGGAGGAAGAUGAUGAAGAAGAAGUGGAUAAGGAAGAGAAAAAAUCUUUGAAAGAAAGACUGCAAGCGAUCCAGGAAGUGACGCAGACUGUGCAGAAUGCGAUAGGUUAUGUUGCUUCUUUAGGGGAAGCUGUCAAAAACCUGAUGAACUUCACGGUGCCAUAUCUUAGUUACAUAGCGAUACUGAUGCUUAUGGGAGCGAUGUGUGUAUUGUACCUGAUACCUCUGCGAUAUCUACUCAUGGCAUGGGGUAUUAAUAAAUUCACUAGAAAAAUUCUUCGGCCGCAUACAAUACCCAACAAUGAGGUGCUCGACCUACUAUCGAGGGUGCCGGAUGACGAAACUUUAUUGGAUAUCAGAGAACUGAAGCCCCACGCGCCGAGCGAGCACAGAAAGGACGCAAGAAAGAAGCAUAAAGCGUCGUAACGCACAAUAACUUAUAUGAUUGAGUGUAUGAUAUUAGGUUGAUACGAACGAAAGGUGCCGGAUUUUCCAUUAGGCAUUAAUUAAUUAGAGGCAUUAAUCGCAUAAAAGACGAGUAAAAGGCGCAAGAGCCGUACGCAAUGCAUUCCUUAAUAGGUGCCUACUGAAGGACCUGUUAUGGAAUGCAUUCUUGGACUCUCCUUAAUAGGACAUUGGAUUCUCCUUAAUAGGACACCAGUCUAUGGAACUAGACGCGACAAAGAAAACGCGUAUCUUUGGUCACCUCAAGUGUAUAAAUUGUAUUUCACUAGAGGAUGCCCGCGACUUCGUCCGGGUGGAUUUAGGUUUUUAAAGAUCCCGUGGGAACUGUCUGAUUUUCUGGGGUAAAAAGUUGCCUAUGUCAAUGACAGGGACGC